AUGGUUGCCGAGAUCCCGUCGUGGAACAGCAAGCCCAAGUUUUUGGGGAAACGGGAUGAAAAGCCCCUACCAGUCGCUGGCCGCCGCAACGUGCUCAUCACGUCGGCGUUGCCCUACGUCAACAAUGUGCCGCAUUUGGGCAACAUUAUCGGCUGCGUGCUGAGCGGUGACGUGUUUGCUAGGUACUCUCGCAUGCGCGGGCACCAGACCCUCUACAUUUGCGGCACCGACGAGUACGGGACCGCCACCGAGACGAAGGCCCUGCAAGAAGGGCUGACCCCGCAGCAAGUCUGCGACAAGUACCACGUCAUUCACCGCGACAUCUACAAGUGGUUCAACAUCGACUUUGACAACUUUGGGCGCACGUCGACCAAGCAUCAGGAGGAGAUCACCCAAGAAAUCUUCACACGCCUUCACGAAAACGGCUUCACAUCGACGUCGUCGGUGGACCAGCUCUUCUGCGAGGGUUGCGACAAAUUCCUCGCCGAUCGCUUCGUCACCGGCAUCUGCCCAUUCUGCGCCUACGACGAUGCUCGUGGAGACCAGUGCGACGGCUGCGGCAAGCUGAUCAACGCCGUCGAGCUGAAGCAGCCCAAGUGCCACGUCUGCAAGAAGGAGCCGGUCGUCCGCCAGAGUCGCCACAUCUUCCUGUCGCUGGACAAGCUGCAGCCGGAAGUCGCCAAGCACAUCGAGGAGGUCCUGGCCCGCCCCGACAAUCGCUCCAGCCCGAACGCCCUGGCCAUUGCCAAGGGAUGGAUCAAGGGAGGCCUCGAGAAGCGCUGCAUCACCCGUGACCUGAAAUGGGGGAUCCCGGUUCCGCUGGAGGAGUUCAAGGACAAGGUAUUCUACGUGUGGUUCGACGCGCCGGUCGGGUAUCUGUCGAUCACCAAGGCGCUUCUCGGCGACGACUGGACCAAGUGGUGGAAGAACCCGGAGAAUGUCGAGCUGUACAACUUCCUCGGCAAGGACAACGUCGCCUUUCACACGGUCAUGUUCCCGUGCUCGCAAAUCGGCAGCCGCGACAACUACACGGUGAUCAACAACUGCUGCGCCACCGAGUACCUCAACUAUGAAGACACCAAGUUUAGCAAAUCGCGCGGAACCGGCGUGUUCGGCGACGCGGCCCGAGACACCGGCAUCGAGCCCGACGUCUGGCGCUUCUACCUGCUCUACAUGAGACCCGAGAGCCAGGAUACUGCCUUCUCCUGGGAUGACUUUUCCCUAAAGGUGAACAGCGAACUGCUCGCCAACCUCGGCAAUUUCGUGAACCGCGCCCUGUCCUUCUUGGCGAACAACUACGGCGGUGUGGUGCCCGAGAUGCACCUGGACGAGGCCGACGUUGAAUUCUUGCGCGGAGUCGAGUCCGACGCCAAGGAGUGGGACCAGCUGUUGGACAAUGUAAAACUCAAGGACGCGGUGCGCAGCUUCUUGGCGCUCUCCCGUCGCGGCAACCAAUACAUGCAGGCCAACGAGCCCUGGGCCCUCAUCAAGGGAUCCGAGGAGGACAAAAAACGCGCCGCCACCGUGAUCGCCGUCGCCGCCAAUGUGGCCUACUUCCUGUCGCUGCUCAUCUUCCCCUACAUGCCACAGGUAUCUCAACGCAUUCGCGAGCAGUGCGGCCUCGUCGACAUGCCCGUAUUUUCUACCGACCCGAUCGCCUAUCUCAAGACUGGGCACAAAAUUGGCGAGCCCAAGCCCCUGUUCGAGAAGGUGGAAAAGGCCAAGAUCGACGAGUUGAAGGUA